GGAUGCCCCAGGGUCCCCGGAAGGCCGUUCCCAGCAGUACCCCAGGGCAGGGCCCCGGGGGUGCGGAACAGCAGCCGGAGCAUGAGGAGCGAGGCGUCCAAGCAUCAGAGACACAGUGCCCAGGACCCAGCGGCGCCAGCCUCCUACAGGAUCGCCAGUCGAGUCCUGGGUCCCUGGAGGCCCAGGAGGUGCAAGUGGAUGAGGCUGGGCCACACAGGCCGCACCCUGGGGUCAUCCCUGAAGAAAGGGGUACAGAGAGGCCUUGCCCCAGCCCAGCUGCCUCGGGCAAAGAGAAGGAGACCAUCACACCACCAGCAGCCGCCUUGGCUGCCCAGCACGUCCUCUGCCUCUGGAAAGGCCAGCUGUGGCCGGCCAGGGUGCUGUCGAGCCCCGGGCCCUCCCAGGAAGGCGCGGCCAGAGGACCGGCAGACCUGGAGCUGCAGAUCCUGGCUGCCGGGAACAGGGUCACAGUGAGAGACACGGACGUCAAGGCCCUGACCGAGUCCUACACUGAGUCCAUCACCUACUGGCUGAACUCCAAGAGCCAGAGAGGCAUCCCCCACAGGCAGCGAGAGACCCACAGGAGGGCUCUCAGGGAGGCGCUGGACAUCCUGAAGGAGAGAAGGCAAGGGGGCAGAGCAGGGUACCCAGGCCCCACUGAGACCACGGGGCCCGCUCAGGAAGGACCUGCAGAGCAGGUGGGGCCCAGGCCCAGAUCUCAGAGGGGACAAGACAAACCAUCUGGGCAAACACUUCAGGCUGACAAGGGUCACCGACUGCCCUCUGCUGAGACAGGAGGGCCAAAGUGGGGUCCUGAGCAGCAGUCUAGGCCAAGGCCUGGGGCUCAGGGCAGACUGGGAGGUCCAUCUCGGGGAAGACUGGUGUCUGUGAUGGGACCCAGGGAUGAGUCAGAAGAAAGACCUGGGGCUCCGAAUGAACCCCGAGAGGCAUAUGACAGUGGGCAUGAGUCUCAGAUGGAACCCGGAGAUCAGACAGGACCAAGGCCUGGAGCAGAGAAGGAACCCCGAGAUCAGACAGCACCAAGGCCUGGGGUCCAGAUGGGCUCCCAGGAUCAGACUGGACCCAGGCCUAAGGCUCAGCUGGGCCCCCAGGAUCCGCCUGCACAGAGGCCUGGAGCUCCGAAGGGAGCCGGGGCACGCGCUGGGCAGAGGCCCUCCAAGCACCGCGGGGAAUCGCUGCAGAGUCCUGGCACAGGGCCAGAGCCCCAGUCAAGACCCGACCCUGCAGAGGCAGGGGGCACUGCGACCCCAGAGGAGGGAGGUGGCAGCAGCGUCAACAAGAGGAGGAGGAAGAGAAAGGUGGGCAAAGGAGCCAGGUCCCCGAGGAGGGGCAGAGGCCAGGCCCAGCAGAUGGGUGAGCUGCCCUCUGAGGCCCCCGGCCCCAGCCACGCCACUCCCCAGGGCCCGAGGCGCCGGGCCCGCGCUGCCCGUACCCGUACCCGUACCCGCCCUUGGGCGCUGUUUCCUCAGAGUUCCACCUCAUCCAGCGAGGAUGGCCUGGAAGGUGCCUCGGCAAGUGCAGCCCCCAGACCAGGCGCUGGGGCGCAGGCAGAAGCUGGCUCAUCUCCUGAGCCUGGCCGGGGCCCAGCCGCCUCCAGCCUGGGGGGCAGGAAAAGGAAGCAGGGCUCCCCAGCGUGCCCCCAGCCAGGAGCCUCUCAGCCUGCAGGCAGAGACCACCCCAACUGCCAACAGGAGGAGCCUUGCAGCAGCCGGAGCCGGGCCCAGGGCACUGCCCUCGCUGGCCAGGCCGAGCCCAUCAGAUGCGGGUCAGUGGUGUGGUUCAAGGGCCAGGACCUGCCCUACUGGCCGGCCGUGGUGCAGAGAGUGAGCCAGGAGGGCCGGCGGGCCCGCGUGCUGCUGCUGGAGGGCGCCAUGAGGCCCGAGAGGCGCGGCAUCCCCGUGGCCCUGCGCAGGCUCAAAGCCCUGCACUGCAGAGAGGAGUCCCGGCUGCGAGCACAGGCCGCCCGCCGCUUUCCCCAGGGCCUGGGCUGGUGCCUGGCGCUGGUGGCGCAGCACAGGGAGGCCCAGGCCAGCGGUGCCUUCGCCGGGCCGCUGCUGGCUUAUUGGGCUACUGAUGCCAGCCUCCCGCUGCGCAGGAUCCUGGACCAGGCCCAGCCGCCCAUGGCCUUCCCCAGGGUCGACUAUGCCACGCUGGAGUGCUCCUCGUCCUCAGAGGAAGAGCAGCCGCAAGGACAGCGGCAGGGGCAGGGGCAGGGUCGCCGCCGCAGGCCGCGCCCCGCCAGGAAGCUGCUGCCAGACCGCACGCGAGCCGCUCGCGACAGGGCCAACCAGAAGCUGGUGGACUUCAUCGUCAAGGAGCGCGGCGCAGACCCGCACCUGCUGGCCGUGGUGCAGGGCCGCCGGCCCUCGCGCUGGCUCGAGGCCUUCAAGCGCGGGGGCAGGCGCGUGGCCUGCGUGGAGACCUACCUGGAGGACGAGGACCAGACCGACACCCUGGUGGCCCACCUGCGCGCCCUGGCCCACGGCCUGGACCUCAGACACAUCACCCGUGUGCGCAACGACCCCGUCAGCUUCGUGGUGGAGGUGCUGCUGCCCGAGGCCAUCAUCUGUGGCCUGGCCGCCCUCGAGGGUCUCGACUACGAGGCCGCCCAGGCCAAGUACCUGCAGGGCCCGCCCGUGCACUACCGCGAGAAGGAGCUCUUCGACCGGGAAAUCCUCAGGAUGGUGCGCAAGAGGGCAGCCCGCGGGGGCAGGCGCUAGUGAUGAAAUGGACGGGCUGGGCCCCGGCCAAAGCCCUAAGGGCCAAAGCCCCCAGCCUCUGCCCUCAAUCUCUGUCCUCAUUCCACAUCCUCAUGCUAUGCCCUCAGCCUCUGCUCUCACUCCACACCCUCAGUCCCUGCAGUGAACAUCUGCCUUCAUACCCACCCCUCAGCCCCUGUCUUCUGCUUCUGCUCUCAGAGUCUGCCCACAGCCCUUGUUCACAGUAGUCUCCCAGCCUCCCCACAGUGCCCCUGCUCGCAGGGGUCUUCCUGGCUCCCGACAGUGGCCCUGCUCACAGGGGAUUCCUAGUGUACCUACAGUGACCCUGAUCACAGGGGUCUCACAGCCUUCCAAAGUGACCUUGCUCACAGGGCUCUCCCAGCCUCCCACAGAGCCCCUGCUCACAGGGCUCUCCCAGCCUCCCACAGAGCCCCUGCUCACAGGGGUC